AUGCUCGCACUCUCCGUCGCAGCGCUGCGGUGCACAAAUCACGACGUGACACCACACCAAAUCCAGCGCUCGUCCCACCCCCAGAUCCUGAAGAUUGCGGCGGAUAUCGCGACCGGCCUGGCCUACCUGCACCCCUCAGUGGUGCACCGCGACCUCAAGCCCCAGAAUGUGCUGCUGGACGGCCAGGGCUGCGCCAAGAUUGCAGACUUCGGGAUCAGCCGGCAAGCGAUGGAGACCCGCCCCCGCCCUCCUUGCAUUGCUGUAAAUUGCGUGGGAGAGGGCAACGUUGGAGUUACCCUGCCUGUGCUGCCUGAGCGAGCGCCCAUCUGCCUGUUCAAGGACCCCCACCGCUCAUACCUGUCGGUGACUCACGCCGGCGGCACCCCAAACUACAUGGCGCCGGAGCUAUUCAACGGCAGCAGGGUGGACGAGGCCGCUGACGUGUACAGCCUGGGCUGCAUCCUGUACGAGUGCCUGGCCCGCCGCCAGCCCUUUGCGCACCUGGCGGGAGGCCCCGAGGGCAACAAGUCCUACAACGUGCUCUUCAAGAUCAUCGUCGCGGUGGCCAUUGCGGGGGAGCGCCCAGCCCUGCCCGACGACGCGCCGCCCCGCAUGGCCGACCUCAUCCGCCGCUGCUGGCGCGAGGUGGGGCGCCGCGCGGGCACAUGCUUGAACGUUCGCUCCGCGCCUGACUAA